UUCAUUUUUUUGCUGCAUUUUGGGGUGGGAUUUUGGGAUGGGCGGAAAAAGAGGAGCAGGGAAAGGCGGGAUUUGGGGAAAAAAAAUGAAAAUCGGGGUUUGGGAAGAGGAAGAAGGGAAUUCCUCAGGAAUUCCUCGGGAAAUCCGGAGCCUUUCCCGGAAUUCCGCCGGAAGUUAACCGGGAAAACAGUCCCCGUUCCAAAUCCUCGUCCUCAAUCCCGAUCCUAAUCCCAAAUUUCAGUCCCGAUCCCAAAUCCCGAUCCUGAUCCAGAAUUAAAAAUAAAUCAAAUAAAUUCAAAAUGGCGGCACCGCCCCCGCCGCCAUCUUGAGAAGCGGCCGUGCCGUAACGCAAGAUGGCGGCACCCACGGAUCUAUUUCCGGUUCCGAUUCUCGCCUUGUUUUAAACCGAACCGGGUCCAGUCGGAGCGCGGCUGUUUCCCCAUCACCUAUUUCACAAACACAACCGAUUUGAGCUCCCGGGAACCGGGCGGGUGGCAGAGACGCGAGAGGAGUUGAGCGCAAGGAGCCGCCAUGUUACACGUCAGGAGAAAGUUGGAGGAACUUCCUCUUCCGGUUCGGCACGGUGGCUGAGGGUGAAACCACGCGUGAAAUGAGGGAAGGGGGGAUUUGGGAACGUCUGAGAAGGUUCAAGGAGCUCUGGGGGGACCGAGAGUCCCGUUUCCUCUCUAAUUUUGGGUGGUUCCUUCUAACCUUCCCGUGGGUUCACCGCCCUCCUCCUCCAUCUUGAGGCGCGGCGGGCCCCUUCAACAAGAUGCCGGCACCCUUCCACCAUCCCAGAGCUAUUUUGAAACAAAUUAUAAGGCGAAUCGCAGCCAAAACUAGGCACGGCAGAUUCGGUGUCACGAUUCAUCACUCCCCACGGAAUCAAGCCCGCGGGGAACCGGGAGAACGACGGAAACGCGGGGUUUAAAACGAAAACGGGGCGCCGCCAUGUUGUACGGCAGGAUGCAACUGAGGCGGACUUCCGCUUCCGGUGGGGAGCGGCCCCUCAGCGGUGGCGGAGCGGGGGCCCCCUCCACCCAUCCAAAAAUUCCCAAAAUUCCUGAAAAAUUCCCCCAAAAAUGAACUGAGGCCCCUCCCCCCACACCCCCCCCUUGGAUGGACCCCUGGAAUUUUGGGGGAUCCCAAAAUGGGGGAUUCGGAAAAUCCCGGGAAUCCCCCGAAGGACGAGGAGGACGAGGAGGAGGAGGAGGAAGAGCUGGACCCCCGGAUCCAGGAGGAGCUCGAGCACCUGAACGAGGCCAACGCUGAAAUCAACCGGGGGGAGCUGGAGCUGGAUGCCGCCCGUUCCCGCUAUCGCCGCAUCCUCUCGGAUUCCGCCCGGAAAUUGAAUUCCCAGGGAUCCCAGCUCGGGAAUUGCAUCGACAGAGCCCGGCCCUACUACGAGGCCAGGAGGAGAGCCAAGGAGGCCCAGCAGGAGACGCAGCGGGCGGCGCUGCGCUACGAGCGGGCGGUGGGGAUGCACAACGCGGCGCGGGAGAUGGUGUUCGUGGCGGAGCAGGGAAUGGGAACCGGGAAAAACCGCCUGGAUCCCACCUGGCAGGAGAUGCUCAACCACGCCACCAGGAAGGUGAACGAGGCGGAGCAGGAGAGGCUCUGGAGCGAGCGGGAGCACCAGAGGGUGACGAGGCUGUGCCAGGAGGCCGAGGCCGAGGUGCAGAGGCUGCAGAAAUCCCUGAGGCGCGACAUCGCCCGCAGCCGGCCCUACUUCGAGCUGAAGGCCCAGUUCAACCAGAGACUGGAGGAGCACAAAUCCCGGGUGAAUUCCCUGGAAUCCGCCGUGUCCCAGGCCAAGCUCCGGUAUUCCGUGGCCCUUCGGAAUUUGGAGCAGAUCAGCGAAGAAAUCCACGCCCGAAGAUUCCAGAGAAUCCUCCGGAAAAAACAUCGGGAAAACCCCCUGGGAGCUGAGGGAGGCUCCCAAAACCCCGAAAUUCCCGGAAUUGCGGGAAAAAUCAGCGGAAUUCCAGGAGCCGGUGAUGACUCCGGAACGGGCGGAAUUCCGGCGGGAAUUUCCGAUUCCGGCGAUUCCCUGUCGGUUCUGAGCCUCCAAACCAUCGCCUCGGAUCUGCAGAAAUUCGAUUCCGUGGAACAUUUGUCGGGAAUUCCGGGAAUUUCGGGAAUUCCGGACGCUCUGAGCCUGCACAGCGAGGAGUUGGGGGAGGGGAGGGAAAAACGCCGGAAUUUUCGGCAUCACCGGAGCGUCAGCCUCUGAUUUUUUUUUGGGGGGGGGAGGAGGGCGGAGAGGAGAUCUUGGAAUUCCGGAGGGGGGAAUGUUGGGAAUUGUGGGAAAUCCCGGAAACUUCGGGAAUAUCCGGAGGGAUCCUGGAAAUUCCUGGAAAAUGCCGAGGAAAUCCCACAAAAUCCUGAAAAAUCCCAAGGAAAUAUCCUCCCCCAAAAAUCCCGAGGGAAUCCCAAAAAAUUCCUGGAAAAUUCUAAGGGAAUCCCACAAAAUCCUGAAAAAAAAAAAAUCCCAAGGAAAUCCCAAAAAAGUCUUGGAAAAACACACAGGGAAAUCCCACAAAAUCCUGAAAAAAAUCUCAGAAUUCCGGAAAAUCCCAAGGGAAUCCCACAGAAUCCUGUGAAACCCCCUAAAAAAUCCCAACAAAUCCCAAAAAAGCCACAAAAAACCCCAAGGAAGUGCUGAAAAAUCCCACAAAAUUUCUCACCCAAUUCCCAAAAAAAUCCCGGAAAUCCAUUCUGGACUCCGGAAUUCCCAAAAAAAAAAAAAAAAAAAACCAAAAAAAAAAAAAAAACCAAAAAAAAAACACCUAAAAAGUGGGAUUGGGAUUCGUGGAGGGGAUUUUGAGGAUGAAUUGCUGGAAUUUUGGGAAUAAAUAUUUGGAAUUUUGGGUUUAAAUCCCUGGAAAUUCAGAUUUUCUUGGGAAUAAAUCUCUGAAAUGUUGGGUUUUUCUUGGGAAUAGAUCCCUGGAAUUUGGGAUUUUGGGGGAUAAAUCCUUAGGAUUUUUUGGGGUUCUGGGUUUAAAUCCCUGGCAUUUGGGAUUUUCUGGGAGUAAAUAUCUGAAAUGUUGGGAUUUUUCUUUGUGUUUAAACCCUGGAAUUUUGGGAAUUUCAGGAAUCCCAUCCCACAAAAUUCCCAGUUGCCCCCAGAAAUUCCAAUUUUAUUUAUUUAAUUUUUUUGGGGGAUAAUUCCCCUUUUUCCCACCCAAACCCAAGGCAGGAACUCAAUUGCACUAAGUGGGGGGGGGUUUGGAAUUUUGGGAAUUCCGGGAAUUUUGGGAAUUCCGGGAUUUUGUGGGGGAGGGGCUGUGAUGAGAAUCCCCCAAUUCGAGGCAGCCCUGGGAAUUUCCUUGGAUUUCCCCCCCCCCCCCCAAAAAAAAAAAAAAAAAAAUUCCCAAAAUCUUCCCCCAUUCCCCCACUGGAAUUCCAGGACAGUUCAGGAAUUUGGGAAAAUCCCCAAAAAUUGUGGAUACCAAUAAAAUUCCUUCUUGUAAA